GUUCUGAGAACGAGGUGACGCAGGUGAACCGCUGCCUGGACGCCGCCAAGGCCUGCAACGUGGAGGAGACGUGCCAGCGCCUGCGGACGGAGUACGUCUCCUUCUGCAUCCGCCGCCUGGCCCGGGCCGACGCCUGCCAGCGCUCCAAGUGCCACAGGGCCCUGCGCAAGUUCUUCGACCGCGUGCCCCCCGAGUACACCCACGAGCUCCUCUUCUGCCCCUGCGAGGACACGGCCUGCGCCGAGCGCCGGCGCCAGACCAUCGUCCCCGCCUGCUCCUACGAGGCCAAGGAGAAGCCCAACUGCCUGGCGCCGCUCGACGCCUGCCGGGAGAACUACGUCUGCAGGUCCCGCUACGCCGAGUUCCAGUUCAACUGCCAGCCGGCCGCCCAGUCGGGCAGCGGGUGCCGCAGGGAGAGCUACGCUGCCUGCCUGCUGGCCUACACUGGCAUCAUCGGCAGCCCCAUCACACCCAACUACAUCGACAACUCCACGUCCAGCAUCGCCCCGUGGUGCACGUGCAACGCCAGCGGCAACCGGCAGGAAGAGUGUGAGAACUUCCUGCACCUCUUCACCGACAACAUCUGCCUCCAAAAUGCCAUUCUGGCCUUUGGCAACGGGACCUACCUGAAUGCUGUGGCCCCAUCCAUCCCCCCCACCACACAGAUGUACAAGCAGGACCGGAAUGCCAACAGAGCCGUGGUGACCCUCAGAGAGAACAUCUUCGAGCACCUCCAGCCCACCAAGGUGGCUGGAGAGGAGAGGCUCCUGAGGGGCUCCACUCGGCUCUCAUCAGGGACCUCCAGCCCAGCAGCCCCCUCCCAGAGGGCAGCCUCUCUGCUGCAGAUGUGGCUUCUCCCUGCCCUCGCUGCCCUGGGCCUCCUCGUGAUGUGA